AUGCGUGCCGGCGAACUGGAUCUGUCCGCUCUGAACCUGGGUCAUCAAACGUCGGUGGCGCUACAGCGUAUUCAAGCCGCGACGGCCGAGUCUUUGGACCCGCAUGCCUUGCCAGCAGCAUUGACCAGAGCGGCUCACCAAGAUGCUCCUGGAAAAUAUUUCAAACGUCUUCGCUCGAAGAGUAGUCAAGGGUCGGACGAAGGCUAG